AUGAAUUCGAUACGACCACCUCUGCUCGAUGCAGCCCUCAGGUCAUGUACACGCACUCCCGUCUGCCGCAAUGCAUUGAGACUUCAAGCUCCGCCUUCCACACGAUUCCACCGAGCACAUCAACGAAGAAACAUAUCCGAUGGCUCGAGACCUCCAUACCCGCCAGGAAGAUACCAGAAAAACACAGUAUGGAUGCCCAAGACCAGGAUCGCGGUGGGCAUCGUGUUCAUAGGAGCCUUAAUAUAUUCCAUGGUCAAUGGGGAUCAGGAAGUACCGCCGCCGAAAUCAGGACAGCAGCUUGAAGCGCCAUCAAUUGCGGAAAGAGAUACUUUGAGUAAGAGGGAGAGCGGUGUCAAUGUCAACUCGCCGAUGCGGUUACGAAUGGAGCAAUUCAUCAAGCAGAAACAGGAGGAGAUUGUGAGGGCUUUGGAAGCGGUGGAUGGAAACAAGUUUCAGGUGGACAAGUGGGAUCGGCCGAAUGGUGGUGGAGGUAUCUCUUGCGUGCUACAGGAUGGGAAUGUGUUCGAAAAGGCAGGGGUAAACAUCAGCGUGGUAUACGGCACACUACCGAGAGCCGCGAUCUCGAAGAUGAGAGUGAACCACAAAGCUCUAGACCCGGACGUGGAAAGCUUGGAAUUCUUUGCUGCUGGUCUGAGUCUAGUCUUGCAUCCUCAUAACCCCAUGGCACCUACUGUACACCUGAACUACCGAUACUUCGAAACUGCGAACUCGGACGGCUCGACGAAUGCGUGGUGGUUCGGUGGUGGAACCGAUCUCACACCUUCAUACCUCUUCGAUGAGGAUGUGAUACAUUUCCACCGCAAUAUCAAAGAGGCCUGCGACAAGCACGACAGAGACUACUACCCUCGCUUCAAGAAAUGGUGCGACGAAUACUUCUUCGUCAAACAUCGCAAUGAAACCCGCGGCGUUGGCGGCAUCUUCUUCGACGAUUUGGACGAGAGCGAGAAAGAUCAGGAAUCGCUGUUCGCGUAUAUUCAGACCUGUCUCGAUGCUUUCUUGCCAUCUUACGUUCCGAUCAUUCAGAAGCGGAAGGACAUGCCGUACACGGAGAGGGAGAAGCAAUGGCAGCAGUUGAGGAGAGGGAGAUACGUGGAAUUCAAUUUGGUGCAUGAUCGGGGUACGGCCUUCGGGUUGAAUACCCCAGGCGCGAGGGUGGAGAGUAUUUUGAUGAGUUUGCCUUUGACUGCACGGUGGCAGUAUCAGCAUGAGCCGGAGAGGGGCAGCAGGGAGGAGAGACUGUUGAGUGUGCUGAAGAAGCCAGCUGAAUGGGUGUGA